AGAGAGCAGCACUCAGGAAAGGCUCUGACGUGGACUUUGUCGCGCGUGGAAACGGACCCCGCCGGUUCUAACGGCUCUGCGGCACCGAACCUCGUUUCAGCAGGAUCACUUUUCUGCGGUCGGGAUGUUCCGCCGGGUGGAUUUGCCGCGUCGGGCCGGCCUUUCCCCGCCAAAUGUGAGCGGACUUUAGCCUGAUGACGGACGGAACCAAUCAGGACGGACGACACCACGUGACGGAAACAUUCAGUUAAGUUAAUGAAGUGUUAAUGAGCCGUUAUUCACAACAAUGGAAUCGAUCAUUUGAAUACAUUUAAUAUUGAUGUUUUUAGAUUUGAUUUUCUUCAAGUCAUCAAAGGCAGUUUUGAUCUUUUUUAAGCUAAGACCGCCCCCUGACGUCUGAUUGGGUGCCUCCAAUGUGAGAGAGCGCCCCGCCUCCAGGUAGAGCGGGUCAGAGGUCGGGUCGCCCACCUCCUCAUGGGACUGAACGACAGCAGCCCCGGCGCCAUGCGCAACGGCCGCGGCCCCUCCGAGCAGUGGGCGGAGUCUCUGUCGGUGCGGCCCCGGACCAGCGAGCGCCACAUGACCGUGCACAAGCGCCUGGUGCUGGCCUUCGCCCUGUCCAUCCUCACCCUCAUCGUCGUCACCGCGGUCGCCGUGGUGCUCGGCGUGCGUUUCGAGGAGUGCGGCGGCCCCGGGGAGGAGUCGGGUCCCCGGGUGCCGGGGGCGUCGCCCAAGUCCAACGGCAGCAGGGGCGAGAAGGCGUGGGACAGGUGGGAGGAGGAGGCGGGCCAGCCCUGGCGGAGGUCGCGUCUGCCGGGCUCGCUGAGGCCGCGGCACUACGACGUGGCCCUCGCCGUCUGCAUGGACAACUUCACCUUCUCUGGCGAGGUCAGCAUCGACAUCGAGUGCCUCAACGCCACCAGGGUCAUCGUGCUGCACGCCGACCGUCUCCAGGUGGAGCGCGUGCACGUCACGGCGGAGGGCGGCGCCGGCGGUCGCGCCGCCGGCAGGCCGGGGGGCGGAGCCAUCCGCGUCCACCGCCACUUCCCCUUCCCGGCCAAUCAGAUGUACGUGGUGGUCCUGCACAGGGAGCUGAAAGCGAACAGGAGCUACCGCCUCAACGUCACCUUCGACGCCGCCAUCGAGGACGAGCUCCUGGGCUUCUUCCGCAGCUCGUACACGCUGCACGGCGAGAGGCGCUACCUGGCGGUGACGCAGUUCAGCCCGACGCACGCCAGGAAGGCGUUCCCGUGCUUCGACGAGCCCGUCUACAAGGCCACCUUCUCGCUGAGCCUGCGCCACGACGCUCAGUACACGUCGCUGUCCAACAUGCCCGUGGAGAGCGGCUCGCUGUCGGAAGACGGCGGCCUGCUGACCCGGCGCUUCGCCCGCACGCCGCGCAUGUCCACGUACUACCUGGCCUGGGCCGUGUGCAACUUCACCUACAGGGAGACGCACAGUGACAGCGGCGUGACGAUCCGUUUGUACGCACGGCCGGACGCCAUCGCCAGCGGGGCCGGGGACUACGCCCUGCACAUCACCAAGAGGCUACUGGGAUUCUACCAGGACUACUUCAAAGUCCAGUACUCGCUGCCCAAGCUCGACUUGCUGGCGGUGCCCAAGCAUCCGUACGCCGCCAUGGAGAACUGGGGGCUCAGCGUCUUCGUGGAGCAGAAGAUCCUGCUGGACGCCGACGUGUCGUCCUCGUCCUACCGCAUGGAGCUGACCAUGGUGGUCGUCCACGAGAUCUGCCAUCAGUGGUUCGGUGACCUGGUGACCCCCGUGUGGUGGGAGGACGUGUGGCUGAAGGAAGGCUUCGCUCACUACUUCGAGUACGUCGGCACGGAUUUCCUCUUCCCCAAGUGGAACAUGGAGAAGCAACGCUUCCUGACUGACGUCCUCCAUGAGGUCAUGCUCCUGGACGGCCUUGGCUCCUCCCACCCCAUCUCUCAGGAGGUGCAGCAGGCCGCCGACAUCGACCGCGUCUUCGACUGGAUCGCUUACAAGAAAGGGGCGGCGCUGAUCCGGAUGCUGGCCAACGUCAUGGGACAGAGACUCUUCCGGAAAGGACUUAAUGAUUAUCUGCUGAGUCACAUGUACGGCAACGCAGCCCGAGACGACCUAUGGAGGGCGCUGUCUCAGACCAUGCGGUCCGAGGGGCGGGACAUCGACGUCGGCGCCGUGAUGGACGGGUGGACUCUACAAAUGGGCUACCCGGUUCUGACCAUCAGCAAGAACCAAUCGGAGCAGCUGUCCACUCAUUACAUCACCGUCAGCCAGGAGCACUUCCUGUACGGACAGGACGGGAGGGGCAACCGCAGUUUACAGUGGCAGGUCCCAUUGACGGUUGCUGUUGGAAACGAGUCCUGGGUCUGUCCAGAGACUCUCAUCUGGAUCCACAACAAGACUGAAAGUCACUGGUUAAUGGAGAUGGACGACAAGUCGUGGUUGCUAGGCAACAUCAACCAAACAGGCUACUUCCGGGUCAACUACGACCUGCAGAACUGGAAACUGCUGAUCCAGCAGCUUCACACCAAACCGCAGCUCAUCUCCGUGGGCAACCGGGCGGGACUCAUCGACGACGCCUUCAACCUGGCCAGGGCGGGGUACCUCCCCCAGGGCAUUCCUCUGCAGCUGAUUGGCUACCUGCCGGAGGAGACGUCCUUCCUGCCGUGGCACGCCGCCAGCCGAGCACUUUACCAGCUGGACAAACUGCUGGACCGCACGGACGACUACAGCUUGUUUAGUGACUACGUGUUGAAGCAGGUAGCAUCUCGCUACCAUCACAUGGGCUGGCCGAGCAACGUGGCUGACGGCGGCGGCGGCGACGGCGACGUCCUGCAGCCGUCCUACCACACAGAGGAGUUGCAGCGUGAGCUCAUCAUGCUGGCUUGUAGCUUUGGGAACAAACAGUGCCACCGCCAGGCCGUCGCCUACAUCUCUGACUGGAUCUCCAGCAACAAGAACAGGAUCCCCCCCAACAUCCGUGACGUGGUGUACUGCACGGGGGUCAGCCUCAUGGACGAGGACGUGUGGGAGUUCAUCUGGAUGAAGUUCCACUCCUCAAAGGCCGUCUCCGAGAAGAAGAUUCUGCUGGAGGCGCUCACGUGCUCCGACAACACCUUCCUGCUCAACAGGUUGCUGAACCUGUCUUUGACCUCCGAACUGGUGGCCGAGCAGGACGCCAUCGACGUCAUCAUCCACGUGGGCAGGAACCCUCAAGGACGCCGCCUGGCCUGGAGCUUCUUCAGGGACAAGUGGGACGUCCUCAACGCGCGCUACGGCGAGGCGUUGUUCAUGAACUCCAAGCUGAUCAGCGGCGUGACAGAAUUCCUGAACACCGAGGAGGAGCUGGCGGAGCUCAACCACUUCGUCCGGUCCGGCGGGGAGGGGGCGGGGCCUGCGUUGCCGCGGGCGCUGGAGAUCGUGGAGGGCAACGUACGCUGGCACCGCCUCCAUCGCCGCCAUUUCUACCAGUGGUUGCGCAAAGCUCCAAGCCCCGCCCAUGCUAGCUGGAGCUAGCCGUCAUGCUAACCACAGAGACAAAAGCUAGCGGUAAAUAAAGCUAAUAUCAAGUUAGCAUUUUUUAAAUAAAGAGGAUCAGGGCUGCCUUCCAAAAUAAAAGCAUGCAUUGAAGCCCCUCCCCCAUGUGAACGUCAACUGCAGUGAAAUGUACAAGCCCCGCCCCCCUCAAGAACACUGUUCAUCUUGUGUCCAACCCCCACCUAAACUCUGCCAGCCAAUGGGAGGCUUCCACAGAAACAGAAGGUUCUAGAGUGCUAGAACGUGCACCAGAACCUUUGCGUAACCAUGGCAACAUCGGAGCCGUUUCAGGACCUACUCGGGAACCGGUCGAGGACUACUUUGAAACUGGUUCUAGGCGUGUUUAAGAAGUGCUUGCGUUGGUGAAUAGAAGAAGAUGUUUACAUGAAAGUGGACUGACUGUGUGGGAAAGACGCGAGCAUGACGUCUCAUCGAACGUUUACCUGGAUUAGGGAGAACACGGAACGUUCUGGAAAAGAAAUAGUGAGCUUUUGCUUCUUCUUCCAAAUGUGAUGAAAAACGCCUGAGCCAUAAAUGAAAUAAUGACUUUGCCUGCUACUAUACAGGUAAAAGCCAGUAAAUUAGAAUAUUUUGAAAAACUUGAUUUAUUUCAGUAAUUGCAUUCAAAAGGUGU